AUGGUUUCUCUCAAACUCACUGGUCUUGCCAUGCUGGCCUUCCAGCUCAUGGGCGCCUUUGCCCAAGCUGAGGGCGCAGCCGAGCCCCAGACGCCCGCAGAGCCGCAGCUCAAGCUCGACGUCGCCACCACGUUCCCUGACGCCGACAUCUUUGGCGUCAAGCUCGUCAAUGGCCGCCCUACCAAGGCUGUCGUUGACCUGACCAAUAACGAGGCUGACCCUGUGCGCUUGGCCCUCGUUACCGGCGCGUUGACCAACCCCGAUGGCCUUGUCGAGGGCGCCCCCGCCACCGACGCCAUCAUCCGCAACCUGACGGCCGUCAAGUACGACGUGGAGAUCCCGGCCGGCGAGAAGCGCUCAGUCACGUACAGCUUCGCCCUCGACAUGCAGCCCCGCGACGUCGUCGUUGAGCUGCUCGCCAUCGUAAUCAACGCCAAGGGUCAGACCUUCCAGGUCCCCGCUCACGCUGACAAGGCCAGCGUCGUCGAGCCGCCCACCAGCUUCUUUGAUCCCCAGAUCAUCUUCCUGUACCUUGUCCUGAGCGCCGCCUUCGCCGGUACUCUCUACUUUGUGUACAAGACCUGGAUCGAAGCCCUCUUCCCCCAGGCCAAGCGCCCCAGGGCCCAGCCCAAGAAGGUCGUCAAGGUCGAGGCUGCCGAGCCUUUGUCCGGCAACGAGUCCGCUGGCGCUGCCAGUGGUGCCGACUUUGACGCCAGGUGGAUCCCUGACCACCACAUCAACCGCCCCGUCGCCAAGCGCGUCAAGUCGAGCGCCAGCGCCAAGGCCAAGAAGGGCGAAUAA